AUGAACCAUCAAGGUAGCCUUGAACAUGGCUGUCAAAGAGAUUUUCCAUGAAAACACCUUUUGUAUCCAUUUGUUUACGCUUUCAAAAAAGGGGCAGUACAUCAUCAAACAAGAGGAGAAUUUAAGUGUUUCGCGAAUUUUAAAUACCUACUGUUUGAUAAUAAAAACUUCCAACAAAUAGCCGUGACCUUCUGCUGGUUUACCGUCCCCCUGUACGCAAGAACCUGAAUCUCUCUAUUGCAGCAAAUAAAAUGCCGAAUUCAAAAUGUGCAGCAGCAUUCUGCAACAACAAGCGUGCAGAAGCCAGAAAACGAAAGCUGGACAUAAUCUUCCACGCCUUCCCAUCGGAACAGGUGUUGAGAAGCAAAUGGAUAGCGUUUUGCAAGCGAGAUGCCAAUUGGGCGCCAUUCAAAACCGAUGCAAUAUGUUCGGUUCAUUUCAAAAAGCAUGACUAUCAAAUGGCCAACUCUCCGCGGAUGUGGAGUAAAAAUCUACGAAGACUCAAUCUAAAUGCAUUUCCCACUGUGAUGGAUGGUUCGGUUAUUACCAUUUCGAAAAAGCAAAAGCUAGAUGAGCAAAUCCGCAAACAGCUGGUGGAGGAACUCUAUCAUAACGCAGGAUCUGCUGAGCCAACCACAGACAAAGACCACACGUACAGCGGAGUGACUGUAGCGGAAGAGAUGAAAAACACAUCGAUAGUAUUGCAGAAGAUUGUUUACCGGUUGCAGAAGUAUCCCAACGUAUGUGCGUUUUGCUUUAAAGCCAUCACUGAUGAGAAAAUGUUCUCCCCGUUCGCCUACUAUCACAACGAGCUGGAAUGUACAAUCGAGCAGAAAUUCGAAGAAAUCACUGGAGUAACAAUGGACGAAGAGGAUCAUGCAAGCCUUCAUCAUCUGCUGCCGGAUAAGGUGUGUGCGGAAUGUUUGGAAGCACUGAUCACAUUUCACCAGUACCAAAGACAAAUGGAAUAUAUGCGAAAGUUCAGCACAGGUUUAGCUCACCUGCUUAAGGGCAAUAGAAAACCGCUGCAAGAUCUUUACGAAGAGCAGGGAACAUGUUUGGUGAACGUUCUGCAAAGUAUGAACAUAUGCCAAGGGUCGGAGGAUAAGAUAACGCUUGAAAGGCUGGAACAAGAGGUGGCAACAUAUGGACGAAUCAAAAAGUACACCGUAUUCGAACAGGAGGACGACCAUUCAAUGGAUGGGUUUCAAACGGAUGCCAAUAUAAUGAUGCAAAAAGACAUAAGCCCACAAGAAAGUGACGAUACAAAUAGGUCGAAGAAAUGGAUUUGUCCGUACGAUGAAAUCUGUAGAGAAUGGUUCCUGGAUGAAGCUUCCUUGCGGGAACACGUCCGCGAUGGUCACAAAUGUUUCAAGUGCCGUACCUGCGGUGAAAAGAUAAAGUUCUAUGAUCUGUAUAAAAAGCACAUCGAGAGUCAUGCAAUUGCAAGGGCUCUACUUUUGUCCCAUAAUAGUAAGGGAUCUAAGCAGGAACACUGGAAAUGUAAAAUAUGUGGGAAAGUUUGCCGAAGCGAGGAACUACUAAAACGACACCAAAAGAUACAUGUUGCUGCGAGGAACUAUGUGUGUGGAUCGUGUCUCGGUGCGUAUGUAAGUGAGGAUAUGUUUAAUAAUCAUACGUGUUCUUCAGCGUCCACGUCCAGGCGGCUUGUAGUACAGGAUGAUUCCGAGUGUGAAUUAGAGGAAGAUUCCAACUCCCAGGAAAGCAAGUUUAGCACCGAUUCGCCAUCUAAAUCAUCGGGCAAUGUUGAACUGCUUAGUAUCGAAAUUCUUCAAAGCUAGAACUACCUAGAAAUUGUGUGACGGAAAUGAAAAGAAGGCAGAUAGCUUCAUAGUACAACGUAGUACUAUGCCAAAGCCAAACCAUACAGCUUGAAGAAACUUCUCCAUCCAAAAUACUCAACAAAGCUGUUCGAAAUAUAAAACAUCUCCAUUUUGCACAAUGUUGUGCUGAUUUUAA